GAGGCCUGGAGGCUAUGGGAAUAGCAGAGUGCUCCCUCGACAUAUAAGAAAGUGGCUGGAGAGGUCGCCUGUGUUCAGAGCUUCUGGGAUUGUAGAUAAGUUCAGUUCACAAACUUUAUGGAGCAGUUAGCCUGUGAUGCUGGCCAGGAGACAGAUACAGAAGCAGCAAUUAGAAUAUGAUGUCACAUGUUGCAGUAGCAAGCAGACAGGGACAGUCGCAGCUGGAAGGAUGGUCACUGCACUUGGGGAUGUCUGAGUGGAGGAACUGGACGGGCAGAGAAAGUGAACAGCAUUCCAGGUAGAAUGUGGGGUCUUGCAGGCAAGGCAUGGCUCUGGAGGAAAACCUCUCACCUAUCUGUCCUGGAUAAGGAAGAAUUUAUCCCAGGAGAGGGAAAGAAAGUGCUUAUCUUGCUCACAUAGAUAGACCAGAGGGGAAGGGCAGAUGGCUGGAAAGGCGUCGGACCUGGUAACAUGGAGGGCUUUUCUUCCAUCUGCAUCUUAGAGAAAUGCUGCGUGCCUCCAGCUGUUCUCUAGCCAGUUUAGAAAGGAUAGUCAAUGAUCAUUUGAAGUGUAUCAGAGAAGCAGUUUGCUCCGCAGUAUAUUUUUUCUAUACCCUUAGAGUUCAAGGUAUACUUUGGAUUCUUUUUUUAUUCUGAUGAUUGGUCUGCGUACUCAGCUAACUGGAAAAAUACUUUUACCAGUUGAGAAAAGUGAUGUUGGUAUUCCAUAGACUUGCCUACCACCACGUCAUCCUGUGUACUUUGCAAAGUCUCCUAACCUCCAUCUUGAGCAAGAGUCUCUAGAAUCUUCCAAGAAAAGUAAGGAACUUGAUCCAGGGCAAUGGGAAGAACAGAGAACUUUACCCCCAGGACACUCUGCUCUUGGAUGACCCAAGAGAAACCACUUAGACUGUCUCUCAUUUUCUUCACCUUUACAAUGGGGAGAUUCAUCCCUGGUCUGGCUGCUUCAAGCAUUGAUGCAAGGAUAAAUGAGACACAGGACGGAAAGUGCUUUGCAAGUGUACCAGGCUCGAUGCAGGCAGCGUUUCAGGGUGACACUCCUUGCCAGCAUCAAUUUCAGCAUGGGUUAGACAGGAACCUGCUCUGGUCUUGGAAGGCACAUCCAGACAGUCAGUGUCAGUGAAGGUCAGGGCUGCAUGUGAUGUGUCUUACUGUGAGGCUUCAUUUCCCAGCACAGCCUCACUUGGUUAGAGCACCAGGAGGCGAAGGAACAAGGUCCCUCUAAUCCUUUUACUGAGUCUGCAUAAAGGAACCGAGACGCUUUCCUGGCCCCUCUUGGACCAUCCCCGCUCCUUCAGGUCCGGGAGCAGCACAGGGUUUGGAGAGUGUAGAGUCUGGUGCCUGCACCUCACACCUGUCUCUGCUCCUAAGAACUGCAGCAGCUUUGGGCUGUAGGAAGACCCUCCACUGUGCUUGCCCGGGACACUCUGAAACCUUGCUCCUCUGGCAGCUGCCUGCUCCCUGGCUCCUGCAUCCCGCCUCUCGGAGUCUCUGGUCUGCGCUGCAGUUAGAAACCCUGCCUGGAAGUGGAUCCACUGAACAGUAAUUUGGUCGUCACAGCAGGUCGGCAGGAGGUGAGCCCACUGGAGAACUCAGUUGGCAGAAUCUUUCUCAGUGCUUCUCACCUCCUCUGGUGUCCCGGCUUCGGCCCUCUCAAUGUUUAGAAGCAGCGGUCAGAUGCCUCCUGCUUCUUGGCACAGGGAAUAUUUGCACUUGAAAGGCCGGGGUCCUGGGAUGGGGAAACAGGAAGCUCUCAUCAUCUUGGCAUGAUCAGUCCAAGAACCUUCAACAAGUUUUACAGACUCAUUGGAUGAAGAGUGCCUGAGACACUGAGGGUCAGCGCUCCAAAGAUGGAGAAGACAGAUGCCAAAGACCAGUCCUCUCAGGGGGAUGAAGAGAAAGACCCUCCGAAGAGCCACCCUUAUUCUGUGGAGACCCCAUAUGGCUUUCAUUUAGACCUGGACUUCCUCAAGUAUGUGGAUGACAUCGAGAAGGGAAACACUAUCAAAAGAAUUCCUAUCCACAGAAGGGCCAAGCAGGCCAAAUUUAGCACUCUGCCCCGAAACUUCAGCCUUCCUGACAGUGGGGCUCGCCCCCCUGCAGCCCCGCCCCUCCAAAACUGGUCUCCCGUGGUGCCAAGGAAGGCAUCACUUGGGACACAGGAGCAAAACCAGUCACCGCCGCUUGGUAAUGCCCCCCAGGCCUCAACAAGCAGGAGUGAGGUGAGCUACCACAGGAGGGCUCUGUUGGCAGAGGCCACCAGGCAGUUGGAAGCUGCUGAGCCAGAGGAUGCCGAGCUCACUUUUGGGAGUGGACGGCCCCAGCUCUUGAGAGCAUCCAGCAUGCCUGCCACGCUGCUGCACAGCAGGGCUUCUGAGGAGCCAGGCCUGAGCCUGGGGCCCCCUGCCCCUCCUGCCCUCCCUCCCCUUCAGGGUGAAGGCAGUGUCUGUGAUGGCACCUUUGAACCUGCAGAAGGAUUGGCAGGUUUCCACAGCUCCAGCCCACGAGCAUCAACUCGGAUUCCAGAGCUGGUCCAGGAGGGAGCUGAGCCUCCAGAGGGCAUGGUGAAGGUUCCAAAUCACCUCCCUCUCCCAGGCCCUCCUUUCUCAUUCCAGAAUGCGCUUGUAGUUCUAGAGGACAAGGAAGAUGAACACAAUGCCAGAGAAGCAGAGGUGUUGUUCACCCCUGGCUCCCCUACGCCAAGCCCGCCACCUCUGCCAUCACCCAUCCCUGAGAAUGAGCUCCUCCUGGAAGAAAUCGAGCUCAACAUCAGCGAGAUUCCACCCCCGCCACCUGUAGAGGUGGACGUGAGAAGCAUUGGCAUCAGGGUAACUGAGGAAAGCCUGGGCCUUGCCAGGGUGGAUGCAGGCAGCAUCUCCAGCCUGAAACAGCAGGUCUCGGCCCUGGAGGGAGAGUUGUCUGGAAGAACCGAGGAACUGGCACAGAUCAGAGCUGCUCUCCAGCAGCAGGAGGAGGAAAUCGAAGCUAGGGAGCAAAGAAUUCGAGAGCUGGAGUUCACUGUAGCCCAACUGGAAGGACAGUUUCACCAAGAGAACGCCAAAGACACUCAGGGCCAGACGGAUGCGAUGGUGAACACUGACCCUGUCCAUGGACUCUUGACCAGGGAGUCGUGUGAUAAGGGCAUUGAAGUCAACCUUCUAGGCAGCAUGGAGUCUGAAAGCUGGGGGCACCGAGGAGAGGAGAAUGGCCUCCUAUGGGGGCCAGAUGGUCAUAAACAAGGGAAUCAGAGCCCAGCAGAACGUGUGCUUCUGCCCCAGCUGUCACUGCCACAGGGACCUGAGCAGGUCCUUACCUCCUCUGUACAUAGCUUCCUCUCCACUGAACUCAGGAUUGAAGAAGCAGGCACUGAACAGGAAGGAGGCCCUCAGGGAGGAACCAGGGGAGCAGGAGGCUUUCUGUGGGGCAGCGACAGAAAGACUCCCCCAGCAGGGAGGGAGGAGGCCAGUUCCAAUCUCCCAGGGAAGGAGCACCGGGGAAGGCCACCAAGCUCGCCAACAGAUGCCACUAUUGGGCAGUAUGUGAAGAAGAUCCAGGAGCUCCUGCAGGAGCAGUGGAACUGCCUGGAGCACGGGUACCCGGAGCUGGCCAGCGCCAUCAAGCAGCCAGCCUCCAAGCUCAGCAGCAUCCAGAGCCAGCUGCUGAGCUCCCUCAACCUGCUGCUGUCGGCCUACUCGGCCCAGGCUCACCCACCCAAGGAGCCGCCGGCCUCCUCCUCCUCCCCGCCAGUGGAGAUCUCCCCAUCGACCAGCCUUAAAUCCAUAAUGAAAAAGAAAGACUAUGGCUUCCGUGCAGGAGGUAAUGGGACCAAAAAGAACCUUCAGUUUGUUGGGGUUAACGGUGGGUAUGAGACCACCUCAAGUGAGGAGACCAGCGGUGAGGACAGCACCCCAGAGGACUUGUCUGACAGCGAGGCAGAGAAGAAGUGUGACGGCCCAGAUCACAAGCAUGUCAAAGAUGCCCAUCUCACCUGCGAGGCUGGGCAGGGCAUCCCUGAGGGCACCUGCCAUGCUGCCCAGGAAAGUGGGCCUGGGGAAGAAGUCCCCCACUCCAAGGCCGAGAGAUAUAAACCCUCAGAAGAAUUUCUUAAUGCAUGCCGGGCACUGAGCCAGCAUCUGCCAGAAACUGGGACCACCACGGACCAGCUCUUGAGGCAAAGCUUGAACACCAUCAGUCAAGAGUGGUUCCGCGUCUCCAGCCGGAAGUUGUCUAGCCCUGUUGUGGUGGCCUCCUACCUCCACGAGGUCCAGCCUCACUCCCCACACUUCCUGAAGCUGCUUGUCAACUUGGCCGAUCGCAACGGGAACACGGCCCUUCACUACAGCGUGUCCCACUCCAACUUCUCCAUCGCGAAGCUGCUGCUGGAGACAGGCGUCUGCAAUGUGGACCAUCAGAACAAAGCUGGCUACACUGCCGUAAUGAUCACUCCCUUGGCUUCCGCAGAGACCAGUGAAGACAUGGCUGUUGUCUGGAAGCUCUUAAGAGAAGGAAAUGUGAACAUUCAAGCUACUCAGGGAGGCCAGACUGCGCUGAUGCUGGGAGUCAGCCACGACAGGGAGGACAUGGUUCAAGCGCUGCUUAGCUGCCAGGCAGAUGUCAAUCUGCAGGACCACGAUGGAUCCUCGGCCCUCAUGCUGGCCUGUCACCAUGGCAACGUGGACCUGGUGCGGCUGCUCCUGGCACACCCAGCCUGCGACAGCAGCCUGACUGACAAGGCUGGCCGCACAGCUUUGUCCAUCGCUCUGAAGUCACCCACCCAUAUGGAAAUUGCUGGGCUUCUGAGAGCCCACGCGGAGCAGGGCAGGUCCCUGGGGCUGUAGGGGCUGCAGAAGAACUGGCCGUGGGGAACAAAAGCCUUCUUCUCUGGACUCCUCCCUCGCCCUUGAAGAGGGCAGAGGUCACAGGCCAGAGAGCCACCCCUCUAGAGAAGAAACUAUGUCAAAUAUGCACAUACAUUCCUGUUGUAUAAUUCUGCUCAUUAGGAUGCUUUGUAGUUUUUGCCUUAGGCCAAGCCCCAAAACUACACGGGCUUCAGAGCAGGGUUCAAGGUGCAAAGUGAGGGGUACAUCGGUGUCAUCCAAACAUCCAAAACAUCUUCAGCCUUGAAUUCCUCAUGACUCUACCCUCUGUAACAUUGUGUAGCAAGCAGGCAGGCAGGAGCACAUUAGCACAUUAGAAAAGCAAUACUUUUUACAUGGAAUUUUAAAGUGCACUAUCUUUUUGUUUUUUAAGCAAGUGUAUACAAAUAUGUCCCAUUGAUAUGCAUGUCUAUAGAUGGGAGGGGAUUUAAGCCAACCCCCUGGCAAGCAUUCUGUAGGGAACCCUAGAAGAAUCACCAUGCAGACUGGUGAAACUGAACAAGCACCAUUUGGGAGCUUUGUUUCGAUGGGGUUGACGGAGAAAUCUUAAAAUCUGACAGGGUAGAAGAAGCACUUUGGCAUCAAUGCCAUAUGUACAGUCUUGACUAUUUCUGAGUCAUCUAGUGGCUCCAAUUUGCUCCAGGGAAAUCGGAAUUAAUUAAGAAAUUUAUUAUCUAGUAAGUUGCUAUGUAAUAAAGAAAACAAAGAAAUUCAAUCUUUGUUGACACACACCACAUGUAUUUGGGCAGAGUCAGAUUCUCUCAGCUAUUUUGAGUCUGUGGAAGAAACAAAAAAAAGCUUCCUCCUGAGGAUGGGUUAUUGUCAUCAAGAAGCCACCUGCAUAGCCGUAUCCAUUAUCUCAUGGUAAUUCCCGGUGCUUUCCCCUCAUAUCCCCUAGAAGCAAAUAUCUGUUCUGAGGUUUUUUGGGACUUCUGGCUGCAAUAGGAGCAAGGGACCCAGGCAGGGCAGAGCAAUACCUUCCGAAGCUUCCAUAUUCCCUGGGGCCAGCACAUGCAAGGUUUAUAUGGUCAGUAGCUCACGUGAAGUCAUCUGAAUCUUUCUUAAAUCUGCUCUUUCUUAAAAUCUCUUAUGCAAAAAAAAAAAAAAAAGCCCCUUAUAUAAAAAGAAGUAAUGUCAAAGUUUGAUGAGCUUUACCUUGGAAACUCAAAAGCUUGCAUUCUCAUUUUGGCUCGGAUGCCAAUUUGCUGGGUGCCCCUGUGGUGAGUCAUGAAACCUCCUUGGGCCGCAAUUUCAUCAUCUCUAAAAACAGAAAUGAUCAUACAACCUACCUCCUGGGAGGUGCUGCACAAGAAGCAGCUGAUGGAAGUUUCAAAAUCCAAUUUGUGGCCGGGCGCGGUGGUUCACACCUGUAAUCCCAGCACUUUGGGAGGGGCCGAGGCAGGUGGAUCACCUGAGGUCGGGAGUUUGAGACCAGCCUGACAUACAUGGAGAAACCCCGUCUCUACUAAAAAUACAAAAAUUAGCUGGGGAGUGGUGGCAGGCGCCUGUAAUUCCAGCUACUUGGGAGGCUGAGGCAGGAGAAUCACUUGAACCCAGGAGGCGGAGGUUGCAGUGAGCCGAGAUCGUGCCAUUGCACUCCAGCCUGGGUAACGAGCGAAACUCUGUCUCAAAAAAAAAAAAAAAAAAAAAAGUCCAAUUUGUAACCCAUUAAGGCCAUCUACAGCAAUGGUACAGCAAACUUCUUUUGCCAUUGUGAUUCAUAAGAGAGGCUCAGAGUCCCAGAACACAAUGACAUGUGUUGAUGCAACUCAGAGGUGGAGAGAAUGGAGCAAAUAAUGAGAAAAAAAAUGCUUUAAAUGAGUUUAUUUUGACCUCAAAAUACAUUGUAAGAGCAACAUCCUACGUUAAUAAAUGUUCUAGCCCGGUGCUUCACGAACAUUUAUGUGCAUACAAAUCACCUGGGAUCUUGUUAGAAGGCAGUAGGUCUGGGGUGGGGCCUGAGAUUCUGCAUUUCUAACCAGGUCCUGGGAGAUGCUGAUGCUAUCGAGCCACAACCACACUUUGAGUAGCAAGCCUCUGGCCUAUCCUUAUUGUUUGUUAUAUUAAAAUGCUGCCUCUCA